GUCUAACUCGUGAGACGAAAGUUUUCCGGCCUCGACACGUACGCAGCAUCGAGGGUAUUGUAUGAGCGAUAGGCGCGCUGGGGAAAAAUUUCGGUUACUCUCUUUGUGACGGUUUCCCUUGACUGGUAUCAGACUGCUUCGCUUUUGCUCGGACCAGCGGAUUAAGCCCUAAUUGAAUGAGAAAGAACCCCGAUUUUUGCUGAAUCCUACGCAGGCCAUGUGUUUCCGGCGAGAGCAGGGAUAGUCCCCUAUAUGGUUUAUUUUACCGUGUAUUCUUGCCUCGGUCUAUGUGAGAUGAAGAGUCUGCUGGAGAGGACGAAAGUCGUGCUGCGGCACUUGCCGGCGUCGUUUAGUGAGCCGGCUCUUAUGGAGCAGAUCGACGGAAAGUUUUCCGGAAGGUACAAGUGGUUUUGCUUCCGUCUGGUGAAGGACAGCCAAAAGAAUCAACGAUAUUCUCGAGCUUACAUUGAUUUCAAGAACCCUGAAGAUGUCUUUGAUUUUGCCGAGUUCUUUGAUGGACAUGUAUUUGUUAACGAAAAAGGAACUCAGUUUAAAGUUCAGGUAGAAUAUGCUCCAUCUCAGUGCGUUCCGAAACCAUGGACUAAGAAAGAUAGUCGUGAAGGCACUAUAUUCAAGGAUCCUGAAUAUUUGGAGUUUCUCGAGCUGCUUACAAGGCCUGCAGAGAAUCUGCCUAGUGCGGAUAUUCAGCUUGAAAGGAGAGAAGCUGAAAGAGCUGGUCCUGCAAAGGAGGUUCUUGUAGUUACUCCCUUGAUGGAUUUCGUUAGGCAGAAAAGGGCAGCUAAAAAUGGGCCUCAGAGAACACCUGGCAACGGAAAACCAAGCAGAAGAACUUUAUUUACUGGUAACUCCUUGAGCCCAUCUUCCAAACGUCGUUCGGAGAAGAGAAGAGGCUCCGCCUUAAUGAAUGUUUCAAAGGAAAGUGCAAGCAAUGAAAGUUGCAAGGUAAAACAAACAUGCAUAUUAGUGCCAAGGAGAGAUGAACGACUUUCUGAAAAACCCACUGAUCGUCCAUCUUCAUGCAGGAAAGAAGACACUCAAGGAGAAACAGGUACUGGCCUGGAUGGAAUGGUAUCCAGAGUGCCUAUUUCUGUUGAAAUGAGGAAAAAGACACUUUUGCUUUUGAAAGCGAAAGAACGGGCAAGUUCUUAUGAUGCUUCAUCACAAAUAAGAAACUUACAGGGCUCAACUUCCUUUAAACAGAUUCAGCAACUUGAGGCUUCUGGAAGAGUUAUUAGAAGCAUAUUAUCUAACAAAGAAAGACAUCAGGUGUUGACAUCUCAAUCAGACACUCAAUUAGUUAACGGUAACAAAGAGAGAGAAAAAUGCCCUCCCAGACCUCCUCUCACCCCGCCAAAUUCGAAGGAGCGUUCUUCUGGUUUAUUUAAUUCAUCUGCUUCUGAUGGUGAUGGAAAAUUGCUUCCGGAUGAACAGGUUGAUUCAAAUGAAUCACAUGUAUUUAUUAGUGAUAAUAAACAUGACAAGCGCCUGAGAAAUAAAGAUAGGCCUGAUCGCAGUGUAUGGGCUCCCCUUCGUCGCUCUGAUGGUUCUCAUGGGCGUGGCAAUAAGUUGUUAUCUACCAAUGAGAUCCCAUUCACUCAUGAUGUGAAACAUGAUUCUCCAAAUAGAGAUUCAGAAUUUAGAGGUCUUGGAGUUGAACGAAUGAGCCAUACUUUGGAUAAUGGUACACAAAGGCAUGUAGGCCGUCGCGGAUCAAAUUAUGGUUCGAAGGAGUUAGAUAGCCCUACAACUAUAGCAGAAGGGAAACCGUUGAAGAAAGGUCCUUGCUAUGGGUCGUAUGAGAUUAUGUUUCACAGAAACAAGUGUGGGUUCAGAAGUCCGGUUCUGCUUCAUGACCUGCCCUUGAGGAUUUGGAGACAGCACAUACAACUACUAGGCCAAGCGGACUGUAUGAAACUGUACUUUUUCAGCAUCUAUAAUUUUGGUGUCAAAGAUUUAUAUUUAGAGAUUGGCAGCUUUUGAAAUGCUAUGGAUUUCUUAUGAGAAUAUUUAGUAUCAACCAAAAGUUUUUUUAACCCAUUGUAACAUGCAACGAAGUCCAACUUCCUUUGUAAACUGAUGAAUAAUUUUGUUCGCAUUCAUUCAAAUUUCGGCUGAAUUAUCGCUAAUCUUAUGAUUGAUAUAAUUCUAAAUGCUUGUUGAACUCCAAAAUUCAGUUUUUAGCUUGUUUCUCACUUGUGAAUGUAAAUGCAUCCGAUUUUAAGGUCUCUUACAAGAACUUAUUCAGGAGGGAGAAAAUAUUAUGUCAUGACUCCGAACGUAGAGCUACGUUCGGAGUUCAAUAAAAUGAGGACACGCGGAAUGUCGGGACCUACCUACGGGGUGGGAGAAAAAAAUAAUUUUUUUCGGCACGAAUCCCAGACCCGUUGAUUUUAAAAUUUAAAAAUUAACUCUAAUCGUGUGACCCGACCCCAAUCCAACCCAAAGUUGCGAAGCUUCCAAUAACACCGCAAAUUAAUCGAAUAACACUUCAUUUUCCAUAAAUAACACCGCGGAAUAUUCGAAUAAAUUCCUUAGAAGACCAAAUAACACAGUGGAAAUUGAAAUAACGCGAGGAAUAUGCCGAAUAACACAGCCCUAAAUCAAGUAACGCUAGGGAAUUUCCAAUAACACUGCAAAGUAAUCGAAUAACACCACAUAAUACUUGAAUAAGACUUCAUUUUCCAUAAAUAAC